AUGUCUCGAGACAAUGCACGAAAUGAGGAAAGAGAAGUUUUGGAUGGUUUUGAAGGUCUUUUGACAUCCGUAGCAUCUCAAUGCAAUGAUAUACCAAAUUCAAAUGUGAUCUUCCAAAGUUCCGAAUCGAUACGAGGUCCGGAUGUUGGAAAUUUGGGUGUUUUACGUCGGUUCAAUUCAUUGUUAGAAAACUGCGAAC